AUGGGGAUAGAUGUUUGCCUUUUUCCUGGUCGAAUCCAGUGCCCCUCUUUCAGUGGCGACAGUAGCCCUUCAGUUCCCUGUGCUUUGGUCCAGCAAGAACAAAGAAACCACCCUGCAGAACCUGUAAUAGAUGACUAUAAAAAGAUGGGGACUCUCUUCGGCGAACUAAACAAAAGCCUUAUCAGAAUAGGCUUCACAAGGAUGUACUUUGGAGAACGGAUAGUAGAACCUGUAAUAAUUAUAUUCUUCUGGGUUAUGCUCUGGUUUCUUGGCCUACAGGCUCUUGGACUGGUCGCUGUUCUGUGCCUUGUCAUUAUUUAUGUACAACAGUAACAUUUUAUAGAUGCUGUUCGGAUUAUGUAUUUCAACACUGUCACUAUGUCAGUGGAUUUAUGUGUUUAAGCAAAUGGGUGGCAUAUCAAAAGCUGCAAUGCUUUGAAUUGCGUUUUGCUGAACUUCCAAAGUUUGAGGUGAGAGGGACUGAAAUCAUGCAUUUUAAGCAAAGUCUGCAGUGCCCUACUACAUCUUCGAAGGGCAAAAAAGGAGAUGUUUGUAAUAUAAUGGUGUCCAAUGUACUGUUUUUUGCACUCUUGGGGCCUUAGUCCAAGGAUUAGGUUUUUUUUCCCCUCCCCCCCCCCCCCCCAAAUGUUCUUGCUUUGUAUAGUGAAAAUUUCCUGUCUGGUUUUAAGAGGACACUUGAUGUGAGUGCUCUGUUUCACUGUUGCGGGGGCUCGUGUGCUAUUUGUUCCCUGAAUCUGCCUCAUUUGCUAGUUUUUUGCUGAAAAGCUAAAUCUGCACGAGGGAGGUUUGCUAACAGACCUACAAUGAUAAAUGUUCGUAAGGUGAAUACAACUUCCCGACACAAUAGCGUCUUUGGUUAGUAUAGUUUAUAGCAAGCUUUCCUCCAGGAAACAAGCUAUGCCAGCAAAAUGCUUUUAUACUAAUACUAGUAACUUCACACAAGGCUUCAGCUGUUGUUUAAGAGGAAUCGCAGUCCUGUGUUGGCCAAAUAGUCUAACGUAGCUCUGCCUUGGUUUUUGGAAAUGUACUCAGCUCCUGCUGUUAUUUUUCUUUUUUUUUUUUUUUAAUACUUGCUUUUUCCCCCAGCCCUCCUUUCUGAAGAUAAAUAAUUGGAUAAUUCAUGGACUUUGUAGGUGGUUACAGCUGCAGUGUUGGAGAGUUGCCAUUCCAGAUGCCAAUGCUAGAAUAUUGCCUGCUUCCUCCGGGUUGUGUGUGAAGAGUCUGAACAACCAGAUAGCUAUCAGACCAGAUCUCUUAACGCUUCCCUAAUUUGCUGCAGCGUGGACUCAAUGUGAGCUAGAAGCUUGGAGUAGAAAAGCAAAUCAGACCUGUUUCCUCACGCAAGGCAAGAAUGUGAUUGAAAUCGGGUGGUCAUUUUAUUUAAUAGUCUUAACUGAUUCAUUUCCUUGCUAGGCAACAAAAAUGCGUGUCUACAGGUGCAUGUCAUGGGCAACACAAAUCAGAGAAUAGGAUGUAUAUGUUCAAGAGUAGGUGCAAAAUUCACUCUGGCUCCCCAGGAGCCACACCAGAGGUGUAGUGAAUAUUUCCAAGUUGAAUGUGCUCAUGUAAAGAAAAACAGUAAAAUGAGAUAGAAUCUUUACUAAAGAGGCUACCAACUUAAUAUUUGCUGUAUGUUACUUCUAGUAAGAAACUUAAUUGCGAAAUUGACUUCAUCUGGGGUAGAGUGAAAUUAUACAUUUACUUAAAGAAAUGUAAUAGAAGAUGUGAAGUUUACAGAAAACUACUUAACCUUUUGCAGAUUUUUUUCCUCAACAUUUUUAUACUAGCAGAGGUCAAAACCAGGUUAGUUGAAAAAGCUGUCUUACCCAGAGACUUUUGAACUGAAGGGGAGCUUCUCUAUGGUCCCAGUCUUGCAACUGGAUUCUCAAGGCCGAUUUUAUGCCUACAUGGAUCAUGUCGGUUGCUGGGCUCCAUUUCCAAGGCCCUUGGCCCCAGUCCUGACAGACUUUCCUAUUGGUGAAAUAAUUGUUCUUCAGGGCAGUGAACAUGAAGGCCCAGCUCCUUUAAUGUCUUUAUGUGCCUAAAUGCCAUCUGUGGACAUGUCUCUCUGCUUUUCUAAUGCAUGCGUAGUUACCUUCUGAGGAGCCAGGUCUCCUCUCCAGAUCCUCAGAUGACCUUGACUGUGGACCCAAGAGGCUCUGCCGAACCAGCAGGACUGCAGGGGAGCGGGACUGAGGCCCAGCCCUGUGUUUUGAUGGUAGCCUGUGUUGAUUGGCACCUAGUUAAAUGGUUAUGCCGAUGGCAGGGAAAGGUUUGACAACAGAAGGCGGUCCUGGAUGCAGGGGUUCGUUAUUCACAGCUGGAAGUCCCAAAGCAAACAGCAGGUACAGGCUGAACUCCGAGGCAGGAGCUCUGUACUCACAAGUGCCUAGGGGAAAACUUUGGUUUUGUUUCAAGUCCCCAAGCAGAACAUCUUUUACACCUUUGCAUAUUUGUAUAGAUACAGUGGUGGGUUUAUGUGUAUUCCUCUCCUGUGUAAGGGCUGUACUACAAAAGCAUCUUGUCAUUAAAGAAAAAAAUACCCUUCCUUUCUUCCCACUGUUGAGUUCCUGUUCGAAGGAUCUCAUCCAGUUCCUUUCGUCCUGUAGGAAAAAGUGUCUGUGUGGUACCCUUGUUGUGGUAGUACUCCCGUGUAAAGGCACUGUGCUGUGAGAUGGCAGUUAGUGUUUCCCAAAGUGGUGGGUUUGCUCUGUACGUAAGGAAUGGAGAAGCAAUGAACUGAGGGUGUGACUGACAAGUUCAGUGAGGAAAUUAUACGCAU